CCGCGCGGUGCGUCGCCGAGACGCGCUCCGCCCCGUUAUCAGCAGCGUCGCGUCGCUACUACCACGCGAACUAAUUGCAAGUGAAAUGUCAAAUUGUUCUGCGAUAUAAUACACAGUCGCGUCAGUGAUAAAUUAAAUUUAUUUGUUGAUAUCUGGGUUACCGGUUGCUGUUUACGAUUAGAUAGGUACCUAGUGCUCGUAUAGCACGCUCGAGCGACCUUCAAAUAGCAAAAAAGUAAAAUACUUAGUGAAACCGCAGUCCAAAAGUAUGCGGGUGAAGUGAUACAAGCGGAGUACCGCCAGUGCUUCGCUAGUGUGGAGAAGAGAGUGGUGGUGUGGUGACAUGAGCUACAGCGGGGCAGCGGGCGCGGGGGGCGCGCGCACAAUCACGUGGGUGGUGGAGGUGGGCGAUGUCCCUCCUCACAGCUUCGCGCCCUAUGAGAAGCACGUCAAUCACAGCAAAUACGAGCGCGAGGACGUUCAAAAAAAAACUUUUGCGAAAUGGAUCAACUCGCAGCUUGUCAAGAACGACAAGCCGCUGGUGGCGGACCUGUUCUCGGACCUGCGCGACGGCGAGGUGCUGCUCGCUCUGCUGGAGAUCCUCACUGCGCAGCAAUAUAAGCGCGAGCGCGGGCGCAUGCGCGUGCACCACAUCAACAACGUGAACACGGCGCUGCAGGUGCUGGACAGCAACGGCGUCAAGCUCGUCAACAUCAGCAGCAACGACAUCGUCGACGGCAACCCCAAGCUCACGCUCGGUCUGGUAUGGAGUAUCAUCUUGCACUGGCAAGUACACUAUCACCUGAAAGAGCUGAUGACAGAGCUGCAGCAGACCAACCUGGAGAAGACUUUGUUAGCUUGGUGCCGCACACACACGCAGAACUACACGGGCGUGAACGUGAAGAACUUCACGUCGUCGUGGUCGGACGGGCUGGCGUUCAACGCACUGCUGCACCGCUGGCGGCCGCAGCUGUUCGACUUCGCGAGUGUGCUGCGUCGCGCGCCCGCCGCGCGCCUCGACCACGCCUUCGCCAUCGCGCACAACCACCUCGGCAUCGAGCGGCUGCUGGACCCCGAGGACGUGAACACACCGCACCCGGAUAAAAAGUCGAUCAUGAUGUACCUGAUGUGUCUGUUCCAAUCGUUGCCUCAUUCCGGAGAGGACAUGGGGGACAUCGAGAGCAUCCAUUCCGAGCCUACCACGCCAUCGGCUUUAGCGCCAUCUGAUACGACAGCUAGCCGGCCGCUGUCGGUGGCGACGAGUGCGUCGGCGGAGCUGGGCGGGUACGGCGCCGCGCUGGAGGAGGCGCUGGCCUGGCUGCUGGAGGCGGAGGAGCGGCUGCAGCGGGCGCCCGCCGCGCGGCUGCUGCCUGAGCUGCGGCAACAGUUCCACCAGCACGAGCUGGAGGAGGCGCCGGCGUGGCUGCUGGAGGCGGAGGAGCGGCUGCAGCGGGCGCCCGCCGCGCGGCUGCUGCCUGAGCUGCGGCAACAGUUCCACCAGCACGAGCUGGAGGAGGCGCCGGCGUGGCUGCUGGAGGCGGAGGAGCGGCUGCAGCGGGCGCCCGCCGCGCGGCUGCUGCCUGAGCUGCGGCAACAGUUCCACCAGCACGAGCUGGAGGAGGCGCCGGCGUGGCUGCUGGAGGCGGAGGAGCGGCUGCAGCGGGCGCCCGCCGCGCGGCUGCUGCCUGAGCUGCGGCAACAGUUCCACCAGCACGAGCUGGAGGAGGCGCCGGCGUGGCUGCUGGAGGCGGAGGAGCGGCUGCAGCGGGCGCCCGCCGCGCGGCUGCUGCCUGAGCUGCGGCAACAGUUCCACCAGCACGAGCUGGAGGAGGCGCCGGCGUGGCUGCUGGAGGCGGAGGAGCGGCUGCAGCGGGCGCCCGCCGCGCGGCUGCUGCCUGAGCUGCGGCAACAGUUCCACCAGCACGAGCUGGAGGAGGCGCCGGCGUGGCUGCUGGAGGCGGAGGAGCGGCUGCAGCGGGCGCCCGCCGCGCGGCUGCUGCCUGAGCUGCGGCAACAGUUCCACCAGCACGAGCUGGAGGAGGCGCCGGCGUGGCUGCUGGAGGCGGAGGAGCGGCUGCAGCGGGCGCCCGCCGCGCGGCUGCUGCCUGAGCUGCGGCAACAGUUCCACCAGCACGAGCUGGAGGAGGCGCCGGCGUGGCUGCUGGAGGCGGAGGAGCGGCUGCAGCGGGCGCCCGCCGCGCGGCUGCUGCCUGAGCUGCGGCAACAGUUCCACCAGCACGAGCUGGAGGAGGCGCCGGCGUGGCUGCUGGAGGCGGAGGAGCGGCUGCAGCGGGCGCCCGCCGCGCGGCUGCUGCCUGAGCUGCGGCAACAGUUCCACCAGCACGAGCUGGAGGAGGCGCCGGCGUGGCUGCUGGAGGCGGAGGAGCGGCUGCAGCGGGCGCCCGCCGCGCGGCUGCUGCCUGAGCUGCGGCAACAGUUCCACCAGCACGAGCUGGAGGAGGCGCCGGCGUGGCUGCUGGAGGCGGAGGAGCGGCUGCAGCGGGCGCCCGCCGCGCGGCUGCUGCCUGAGCUGCGGCAACAGUUCCACCAGCACGAGCUGGAGGAGGCGCCGGCGUGGCUGCUGGAGGCGGAGGAGCGGCUGCAGCGGGCGCCCGCCGCGCGGCUGCUGCCUGAGCUGCGGCAACAGUUCCACCAGCACGAGCUGGAGGAGGCGCCGGCGUGGCUGCUGGAGGCGGAGGAGCGGCUGCAGCGGGCGCCCGCCGCGCGGCUGCUGCCUGAGCUGCGGCAACAGUUCCACCAGCACGAGCUGGAGGAGGCGCCGGCGUGGCUGCUGGAGGCGGAGGAGCGGCUGCAGCGGGCGCCCGCCGCGCGGCUGCUGCCUGAGCUGCGGCAACAGUUCCACCAGCACGAGCUGGAGGAGGCGCCGGCGUGGCUGCUGGAGGCGGAGGAGCGGCUGCAGCGGGCGCCCGCCGCGCGGCUGCUGCCUGAGCUGCGGCAACAGUUCCACCAGCACGAGCUGGAGGAGGCGCCGGCGUGGCUGCUGGAGGCGGAGGAGCGGCUGCAGCGGGCGCCCGCCGCGCGGCUGCUGCCUGAGCUGCGGCAACAGUUCCACCAGCACGAGCUGGAGGAGGCGCCGGCGUGGCUGCUGGAGGCGGAGGAGCGGCUGCAGCGGGCGCCCGCCGCGCGGCUGCUGCCUGAGCUGCGGCAACAGUUCCACCAGCACGAGCUGGAGGAGGCGCCGGCGUGGCUGCUGGAGGCGGAGGAGCGGCUGCAGCGGGCGCCCGCCGCGCGGCUGCUGCCUGAGCUGCGGCAACAGUUCCACCAGCACGAGCUGGAGGAGGCGCCGGCGUGGCUGCUGGAGGCGGAGGAGCGGCUGCAGCGGGCGCCCGCCGCGCGGCUGCUGCCUGAGCUGCGGCAACAGUUCCACCAGCACGAGCUGGAGGAGGCGCCGGCGUGGCUGCUGGAGGCGGAGGAGCGGCUGCAGCGGGCGCCCGCCGCGCGGCUGCUGCCUGAGCUGCGGCAACAGUUCCACCAGCACGAGCUGGAGGAGGCGCCGGCGUGGCUGCUGGAGGCGGAGGAGCGGCUGCAGCGGGCGCCCGCCGCGCGGCUGCUGCCUGAGCUGCGGCAACAGUUCCACCAGCACGAGGUACGCACGAGGUACGGCAUACAGCUGGAGGAGGCGCCGGCGUGGCUGCUGGAGGCGGAGGAGCGGCUGCAGCGGGCGCCCGCCGCGCGGCUGCUGCCUGAGCUGCGGCAACAGUUCCACCAGCACGAGAGUUUCCUGCUGGAGCUAGCGGAGCAGCAGGGGCGCGUGGGCUCCGUGCUGGAGGAGGGCGGACGGCUGCUGGCGGAGGGCGGGCUGAGCCGCGAGGAGGCGGCGGAGGUGCGGCUGCAGAUGCGGCUGCUCAACGAGCGCUGGGAGAGUCUGCGCCGCGCCGCCAUGGCGCGCCAGGCCGACCAGCACAGCCAGCUCAUGCGCCAGCAGCAGGAGCACUUGGAGUCGUUCCGGCGCUGGCUGACGCAGACGGAGGACCGCAUCUCGCGCAUGGGCCCGCUGUCGGGCGCGCGGCCGCGGCUGGCGGCGCAGCUGGCGGCCGUGGCGGCGCUGCAGCGCGACCUGCGGCGCCAGCAGCCCAGCGUCGACGCGCUCGCCGACUGCGUCGUCGUCGUCGACGACGAGGCCACCGCUGAUAACGCGGUGACAGAGAUUGAAGAUCAACUUCGCGCUCUAGGAGAACGCUGGUCGCAUACGUGUCAGUGGACCCAGCAGCAGCUGCAGCGCUUGACGGAACUCAGCGAGCGCUGGGCGGCGCUGGACGCGAGAUACGCCGAGCUGCUGCGCGAUUGUGAUGCGAUGGAGACGCAGCUCAAACAGAUGGAAGCGAACCCCGUGAGCGAGGUGGGCGCGGUGCUGGGCCGGAUCUCGGAGCUGCAGCGGCUGCGGCGCGCGCUGGCCGCCGCCGGCGCGGCCGUGGCGGCGCUGGCCGGGGAGGAGGCGGCGGAGGGAGGCGGGGAGGAGGGAGGAGGGGAGGACGAGCGCGCGGAGGCGCUGCACGACCGGCUGCAGGCGCUCGCGGAGAUCGCGCGCGUGCAGGCCGACCGGAUACGCGAGCUGGGCUUCGAGUUCGACAUCGAGUCUCAGACGGAGUCCAGCCCGCAGUCGCACACCACCGCGCUCCAGCCAGAGUCCUCCCCGCCGCGAGACUCUGUCCGCCCCUCACACGCCGCCAACAAGAAGCCCAGGUUGAGGUCUCCGAGUGAAAAGAGAGAGGAAGAAAAAACAGUAGCUGAUUUUCAAGUGGGGUAUAAGGUAUUUGACACCUGGGCCAGCAACGCGGAGAGGGAUUUGGAUUUGUGUAAACAAAAGCUGGAACAGAAGAGUGAGAAACGCAAAGAAAUCCCCUCUGUCCUGGAGCGCAUCGAGAAGGAGAUCGAGCUGCAGCGCGCCGACUUCGCCAACGUGGAGGAGAUCCAGCGGCGCCUGGCCGACAGCGGCCUCGCAGAAGAAGCAAAGCAACACGCGAACAGCAUCGCCGAACUGAAGAAACGAUGGGAACAAAUACAACGAACGUCGCUCGACAUACGAAACACUCUCAACCUGCUCGAAGAUAAGGAGGCCUUCUACAGGAACCUACACGCCUUCCAAAAAGAUCUUCACGAAAUACAGACCUGGAAGGACAAGAUGUUAACCGACCCCCCGACUAACAACCAGUUGAUUCAUCUCAGGAAUAAAAUCAGAAAUGUGAAACAAAUGGAGAUGAAGUUAAAAGAGUUGAACGCACAAUCGAUAAUAUUACUAACGAAGUCGAUAUCGAAAUCGCACAAAGACGAGAUAGAAGCAGACUCGAAAAGAGCGAACGACGAAUACGAAUCAUUACUGACGAAUCUCAGCGCGCGGGAAGUUGAGAUCAAGUUGGCGUUAAACAAGAAGAAGGAUAGAAGGGAAGCACAUGUAGACAAGUUCAAGCAAUUGCAAGAAGAUUUGAGAGAUCUGGAGGGAAGAGUCAUUUCUGAACACGCAGAAUUGGCGGAGAAGACGCGCGUGCAAUCAAAGCUAGAAGAAUUGCGAGUUUUGAGACAAAAGUUGCACGAACUACAAGACACUUGUGAUGAAGUUGUGAAAGAGAGAAAAGAUACGUACGAGAAGGGCAGCGUGCAGGAUCUGAACCUGAGAAGCAGUGUGGACGACUUGGUCACGAGAUUCGAGGAUACGAGGACUAUUCUAGAUAAAAAGAUCGAUAAAUUGGAAAGAGGUCUGGAACUCUUGGGCCAAUUCCAGGAGGAUCUGGAAUCCAUAAAGAACUGGUUGACAGCCGCUGACAGCUUCGUCGACAACAAUCAGGUGGUUCCCGUGGGAGAUGUCGAUCAGUUGGACAGACUGCUGGAUCAGAGUAAUAAACUCCACGAAGAAAAAGCAAUUCACGAUAAUAAACUGCAAACACUUGCGGACAUCAAGGAGAAAAUCACAGAGGACUGCGAAGAAAGCAUUCGUAAGUCGAUAGAAGCGGAAUACAGCGAUACUCGCAAGCGAUUCCAGCGCUCCAGCGAGCGGGAGCUAGCGCUGAAUGAAAAACUUCGCCGAACGCUGGAGAAAACUGAAGCGGUAUUCCGCCAAAUCUCGGACACGGAGCAGUGGCUGAAGGAGCUGGAAUCGCAGCUUCCCUUGGAGGCGGAGUGCCAGAUCGCGGAUUCGGCUCAGUUGUACCAGAUGAAGGGACGCUUUCAGACGCUCAAGGACAAGUGCGACGAUCGGACGCAGGACUUCAGGGACCUUAAUGAAGCUGGCAACGAGCUGCUGCUGCAAGCAGGCGGCGAGGCGGAGGGCGGGGAGGCGGAGGGCGGGGAGGCGGAGAGCGGGGAGGCGAGCCCGCGGCCGCUGGCGCUCGCGCGCCGCCUCACGCAGCUCAACGCCCGCUGGAAUGACGUCACGCACGGCGUCUACGAGCGCUACAAGGUGGUGUGCGAGGCGUGGCUGGAGUGGGGCGAGCUGCGCGCGUGGCUGACGCAGGAGGCGGCGUGGCUGGACGGGCUGCAGCGCCGGCUGGCCGCCUCCUGCGCGCGCGCCGACGCCGAGGAGAUACACGACGAGCUCUACGACUUGGAGAAUUACAUCCAGAACCACAGCGAGGAGCGCAUGUCCCGCAUCCAGGUGAUCGGCAAACAGCUGGUGGAUGCGCACAUCAUGCCGAACUGGAUCCAGGCCGAGAUCGACGCGGUCAGCCAGCGCUGGGAGGAUCUCAAGCAACAGGCGUUGUCGCGCACACAGGCGUUGGAGCAAAGCGCCCGCGAGGCGGCGCGCUGCGAACUGGCGGUGGACAACCUGCAGGAGUGGAUCCACCGCGUCCUGGAGGACCGAGGGGAGAGGGAUGUCGAGCGGUUGCGGUCGGAGUUCGGGUCGCAGCGCGCGGUGAUCGCGGCGGUGCAGCAGCAGGUGGAGGAGUACCGCGCCGCCGGCCGCGCGCUCGCCGCCGACCGCCUGCGCGACAAGCUGGCGCUGGUGCAGGACGAGUUCGCUGCGGCCGAGCAGCGGCUGGUGGCGCCGCAGGAGGCCGCGCAGCAGUCGCUGCCGGCGCGGCUGGAGGCGGUGAGCGCGCGGCUGCGGGCGGUGCAGCGUGGGGCGCACGAGGCGCUGCCUCUGGCCGCCGCCGACCCUGACACCGUGCGGGCGCAGCUCAGGAACUGUCUGAAAUUCUACCGUACGCUGAGCGAGAUCAAGUCGGAGGUGGAGACGGUGAUCAAGUCGGGGCGGCGGCUGGUGGAGGAGCGCGGGGUGGCCGAGCCGCAGCAGUUCUCGCAGAAGAUCGACGCGCUCAAGGAGCUGUACAACCGGCUGGGCGCGCAGGUGACCGAGGCCAAGGCGCGGCUGGAGGGCGCGCUGCUGUCCGCGCGCGAGCUGCAGGGCGACGUGCAGGCGCUGGCGGGCUGGCUGGACGCGCUGCCGGCGGACAUCGGGCCGCAAGCGCUGGAGCUGGAGAUGUCGCGCAUGGAGGGCGUCCGACACAAGCUCAACGCGGGGCUCGCCUCCUUCAGCGGCUCGCAGCACGGCGCUCUGAAGCGGCAGGUGGAGGAGCUCAACGUCCGUUGGGACAAGCUGAAGCGCCGCUCGCAAGACUCCCUCCGCCGCCAGCUGCGCGAGGCCGAGCGCGAGCUGCAGUCGAGCGCGCGCAGUAAGCCGCUGGCGGAGCUGGAGGCCAGCCUCAGGGCGCGGGCGGCCGAAGUGGCCGCGAGGGCCGACCACGCCUUGUCCGCGCUCUACACCGACAUCAUGAGGAUGUUAGCCGAAAAGAUGGAUAAAGAAGGCGCCAUCGUCGAGUAUGAAAACGUCACCGAUACUAUCAAGCGGCGCCUUGAGAGUCCCGCGCCCGACGACAAGCCAGAGAUGAAGAAAUCCAAAAUACCUCUCGCCCUCAACAGCCCGGUCCCCAUUCGGAGGGAAGUCAGAGCGGGCAGCCGCAGCUCCUCCGCGGAGCGACGGCCGACUCUCGCCACUUCCGACACUCCUGACACUCCCGACACCCCCGCUACUCCCGACACACCCGCCACACCUUCACUCAAAAAUAGUAGCACGUUCAACUUGCUCAAAGACAGCGAACUGUUUACACAAAUAUCCAAAAACAAUAUCACUGCCAAAGCUGACAAACCUGAGUCGAGCCACGUGAUCGUCAAAACUCAUGAAAUCGUCAAAUCAUCAGUUUCUGAGCCGGUGGAACGUACAGAGUCGGUAGUGGAAUUUGUCCCACAAAACGCAGAGAUUGUCAAAGUUGUGGACGACACGGUGACUGAAGUAACAGAGAGACGACCUUCCGUUGAUCUUGGAUCGGAACCUAAGACCUUUGUCGUCGAGGUGAAGAAGCUAGAGGAGCGCAUGACGCCAACACUGGGUAUAUUGAAGCAUAAGAAUAAAGAACCGGAACGACCAAGACGAACCAUAGUCAGAAUCGACAUUCCUGAUUUGAUACAAACUAGCGGAGACGUGUCUAUGAAGACGCCGCCCCCCACUCCUAUGGAAGAAGAAGAGAGUACAGUGGAGUACUCGAUUGCCGCGAAACAUAAAGAUGCUCAACAUAAACUUCUCUGUGAUGAAGUGAAUGAGUAUUUGAUACUAGAUGACGUCCCGAAAGAACAGGCAGCUUUACCUGAACCAUCUGCCACGGAAAAAUUAUCUGAGGAUAAAGAAAGUGUUUUGCAAAAAGACUUUAGUGACAAAGCUAGUGACAGCGCAAUGUCUGAGAUACCCUUAGAAGACGAGGCGAUCUAUUCCGAGGUGGAGGAUUCUGCGCAGUUGCGCACGUCCAACGCGUCCGAGUUCUCCCCCGCGCCGCUGUCGAGCUCGACGCCGCUGAAGGAGAAGGCCACCGUGGUGGGCAUGUCCCCCAAGCUGCCCAGCAAGGCCGCCCCGGCCCAGACCCCCGCCCCCGCCCCCGCCCCAGCCCCCGCCGCAGCCGCCGCAGCCGCCGCCCGCUCUCACAUCCCGCUCAGCCGGGAGCGGCUCAAGUCGCAGGAGCGGUACCAGCGGACCGACGAUGAGCCGUCCUCCCCCCGCACCCCCACGGGGCGGAGCCCCUCGCCGCCGGCCGCCGCGGCGGAGGCGCCGUCGCAGCUGCAGAGUGCGUUCGGCGCAGCGUGCGAUGCGGCGCUGGCUGGCUUCGAGAGCGAGGCGCUGCAGCUGCUGCGCAGGAUGGACGUCAUGCUGCUCACUGUCAGGGGCGUCGACGCCGAGAGGGACCCCGCCAAAAGAUUGGAGAUCCUGAAGAACCAGCUGGGAGCGCUGGCGCCGGACGCGGCGACGCUGAUAUCGCGCGGAGACUCGCUCGUGUACGAGAAGCACCGCGCCGACCCGCGCCUCGCCGAAUACAUACAGACACAUUUGCAGGACAAGUUGCGCAACAAGUGGUCGACCGUGAUGUCGGAGAUCGAAAGCAAGCGCAACGCCGCGCUGCAGGCGGAGGACGAGGUCAAUGAACUCACCGCGCUGGUGCAGGACAUGCAGCGCUGGCCCAGCGCCGGCGACAUUCAGCCGGACGAGGUGUCGCGGGCGACGGCGCGCGCGCAGCAGCUGUGUCGCUCGCUGAAGGCGCAGCGCGUGGCGUUCCCCGAGCGCGGCGCUGCGCUGGCGCUCGUCGCCGCGCAGCGCCUCGCGUCGUCACGCGCUCCCGUCGAGCCGGGCGGCGAGCUGGUGACGCGCAGCAACCAGAGCCGCGAGCGCGUGUCGGCGCUGGCGGCCGCGCUCGCCGCGCCGCCGCUCGCGGGCGCGCUGUUCGACGACUUCCCGCUGCAGGAGGACGCCUUGCAGAAAAUAAAGUCGUCGAUGACAGAAAUUCAAGAAACAGUAUCGGAACUAGACAAAGAGUACUCUCGCCUGAGCAAGAAGAGCAGCCCGGAGCAGCUGGAGCGCGGCAGCCGCGUGCUGGAGAAGCUGCGCUCGGAGCUGCAGCAGCUGCGGGCGGCGUACAGCGGGCGGCACGAGCGCUGGGCCGCGGCGCGGGUACAGUGGGCUGCACUGUACGCCGCGCUCGACAGCUGCGGCGACUGGCUGGACUCCGCGCUGGCCACGACGGCCCGCACCGACCUGGCAGGAGAGGAGCUGAAGCAGAAGCUGUGUGAGCUGGAGAGCGAGAUGAGCGCGCGCGGACAGCAGCUGUGCGAGGCGCGGGCGGCGGGGCGCGCGGUGGUGGCGGCGUGCGCGGCGCCGCUGGCCGCCGACGUGCAGGAGCAGCUCGACCUGCUGCUGGCGCGCUGGCGCGCCGCCGACCUCGCCAUAGCACAGCUCAGGGACAGAGUAGCGGCAGUGGACAGCGGCGCGGGCGGCGUGCUGCUGCAGGUGGCGGAGCUGCUGGACACCACCAGCGCCAACCCCUCCGACCGCACCAGCCUCGCCAUCCGCCUCAGUCUCGUCAAGGCUCGGUCGGAGGAGGUGGCGGCGCGGCUGCGCGAGCUGGAGCCGCAGCGCGACGCGGCGCUGCGCGACCAGCUGCUGCAGGCGCAGCAAAAGCUGGUCGCGCACCGCGAGUUCGUGGGCGGCAAGCUCGGCGCGCUCGGCAAGUACGACGCGCGGCUCGACGCGGCGCUCGCGCGGCUGCAGUCUGCGUCCGGCCUUACUGAGGCCGAUGUGACCGAUCUGGAACCGGAAGUACGCGAGCUGCUCGAGAACUACAACAACAUCGAGCGCGAGUGCGUGGCGGCCAAGCAGAGCGUGUCCGCGGACGUGCGCGAGAAAGUGUCGCGGCUGCGGGAGCUGUGGGGCCCCGCGGCCCCGCCGGCCCUGCGCCCGCGUGCGGACGUCGCCGCGCGCGAUGACGUCACGCCGGCCGCCGAGGCCGACAGCGCCCGCAGCGCCGCCGACGACGACCAGCCCGAAUCGCGCGCGGGGGCUCGGUCGUCGACGCGCCGGCGCUCGUCGCCGCAGACGCCGGCCGCCUUGCUGGCGCACUUCGACACCAGUCUGCUGCAGAUCCGCGACUGGGUGUCGGUAGAGACGGACAUGCUGCGCACGGCGCCCGUGGCCGUGGGCGACGUCGACGACAUUCUGCUGCAGCUCGACAAACAGAAGGGCGUGCUGAGGGAGCUGGAGCAGAAGAAGCCGCAGUUGGACGAGCUGCUCCACACGGCGGAGAGCCUCAAGGGCAGCGAGAACAGGCAGCAGCUUCAUGGAAAAGUAACCGCCCUCCGCGAGCACUGGGAUGAAGCCAACGCGCGCGUCCUCCAACGCAAGGCUCAACUCGACGCGAUGCUCGGCGACUCUCAGCGUUACGAGGCUCGACGACGCGACGCUGACGCGUGGCUCUCCCGCAUGGAGGCGCGACUGGCAAGCAUGACGCCGCCCGGACACACCGCCGACGUGCUUGAGAUGCAGCUACGCGAACAGAAGUCCUUCCACGCUGAAGUACAUCAGUACAAACAUCAGAUCGAGCUGUUUGGCCAGCUGACACAACGCCUCAUAGCGGUCUACCGCAAUGAUGACACGACCCGAAUCAAAAGAUCCACUGAAGCUAUCAACCAUCGCUAUAAUGAGCUUAAUAACAGUAUCGUGGCCCGAGGCAAGGCCCUGCACUCCGCGGUGUCUUCUCUCCAGAACUUCGACCGCUCGCUGGAGAAGUUCGUGGCUUGGCUGAGCGAGGCUGAGUCGAUGCUGGACGCGGCUGAACGCGACCCUCAACUUCUCAAGGACCUCCAAUCAGAAAUCGAGACCCAUCGUGAUGUGUACGCGUCCCUCACGGGGACGGGCCGGCGGCUGCUCGGCUCCCUGUCCUCCCAGGAGGACGCCGUCAUGCUGCAGAGGAGGCUGGAUGAGAUGAACCAGAGAUGGCACCACCUCAAGGCUAAGAGCAUGGCUAUUAGGAACCGUCUAGAAAGUAACGCGGAGCACUGGUCAGCGCUACUGUUGUCGUUACGGGAGCUCACGGAAUGGGUGAUCAGGAAAGAGACAGAGCUAAACGCUUUGGCACCUCCACGCACCGAUCUUGCGCACCUUGUUAAACAGCAGGAUGACCAUCGCGCCUUCCGAAGACAAUUGGAAGACAAACGACCAGUGGUGGAAAGUAACCUCCUCAGUGGGAGGCAGUACAUCGCCAACGAGCCUCCACUCUCUGAUACCAGUGAUACUGAAGCGAGCCGCGACAACGAAGGCGAUUCGCGCGGCUACCGUUCGGCUGAAGAGCAAGCUCGCGAACUUGCUCGCUCGAUCCGGCGCGAGGUCGCGAAGUUGGCAGACAAAUGGAACAACCUCAUUGACCGCAGCGACACAUGGGGAAGACUGUUGGAUGACGCUGUACAGCGCGUGCGCUCCUUCACCACCUCACUAGACGAGCUAACCAGCAGAGUCCAAGCCGCGGAGGCUGCGCGCGCAUCAUGGCGCGGUCCGGGCGACGCGAGAGACGCGAGGCAACAACUCGACGCUGUGUCCCGGGCCAGGGCGCAACUACCUCCCCUGAGGAGGCUGGCGGACGAGCUCCAUGCGCAGGCGCAGGCUAUGACCAGGGACAAGAUUCAGCUGUCUGAACAUUUGUUGGGAAGACUUGAUGAUUUGAACACCAGAGUGGGAGCCCUGUGCGCGGGCGGCGAGGAGCGCGCGCGGCAGCUGGCGGGCGUAGCGCGUGACGGCGGCGCGGGCGCGGCGCAGGGCUUCCUCGCCGGCUCCGUCGACCGGCCCUGGGAGCGCGCCGUCACCCCUGCCAAUGUCCCUUACUACAUCAAUCACGAGCUGGAGACGACCCACUGGGACCACCCGAAGAUGAUCGAGCUGAUGAACUCGCUGGCCGACCUCAACGAGGUCCGCUUCUCCGCGUACAGAACCGCGCUCAAACUGAGGACAGUACAGAAGGCGCUUUGCAUGCACAUGCUGCAGCUGCCCGCGGCGCUGGAAGCGUUCGACUCCCACGGGCUGCGAGCGCAGAACGACAGACUCAUCGACAUCCCGGACAUGAUCACAGUGCUUACCAGCUUGUAUGAGGUGAUAGCAGCAGAAAACCCAAGCCUAGUCAACGUGCCGCUGUGCCUGGACCUGUCUAUCAACUGGUUGCUCAACGUGUACGACAGCCAGAGAACUGGACAGAUCCGAGUGCUGAGCUUCAAGGUCGGGCUCGUGUUGCUGUGCAAGGGACACUUGGAGGAGAAGUAUAGAUAUCUGUUUAGAUUAAUUGCUGACCCAUCCUGUCGCGCCGACCAAAGAAAACUCGGACUGCUUCUACACGACUGUAUUCAGGUUCCGAGACAACUAGGCGAGGUGGCAGCAUUCGGCGGCUCCAACAUCGAGCCCUCGGUCCGCAGCUGCUUCGAGCAGGCCUCCGCCCUCAAGGACGGCAAGGCCGCCACGCUCGACAGGAAGUCUAUUGAAAAAGAGAAAGAGGACACAAAAGAGAAGACGCUAGAGCGGGACGGCUCAGGUCAGCUGCAGCACAUCGAGGCGUGGCAGUUCCUGCAGUGGCUGCAGCGCGAGCCGCAGUCCAUGGUGUGGCUGCCCGUGCUGCAGCGGCUGGCGGCCGCUGAGCCCGCGCGGCACCAGGCCAAGUGCAACAUCUGCAAGGACUAUCCCAUUGUCGGAUUCAGAUACCGUUGCCUCAAAUGCUUCAACUUUGACAUGUGCCAGAAGUGCUUCUUCAGCGGCCGUAAAGCCAAGAACCACAAGCUCACGCAUCCGAUGCAGGAGUACUGCACGGCGACAACGUCGGGAGAAGACGUCCGCGACUUCACACGAGCUCUACGCAACAAAUUCAAGUCGGCGAGAUACUUCAAGAAACAUCCCAGAGUCGGCUACCUGCCGGUGCAGACGGUUCUCGAAGGCGACGCGCUGGAGUCGCCGGCGCCGUCGCCGCAGCACGCGGGCGCAGUCGCGGGCACGGAGGACAUGCACUCGCGCCUGGAGCUGUACGCCACCAGACUGGCGCAGGUGGAGAGGCAGGCCAAACCCGACACUAGCGACAGCGACGAGGAGCACCAGCUGAUCGCGCAGUACUGCCAGUCGCUGAGCGGGGAGGGCGGGGAGGUCGGGGAGGGCGGCGGGGAGGACGGGGAGGACGACGCGCCGCGGUCGCCGGUGCAGGUCGUGUCCAUCAUACACCGCGAGCAGCGCCACGAGCUCGAGGCCAUGAUCAGAGAGUUGGAAGAAGAGAACGCGAGUCUCCAAGCCGAGUACGAGCGACUGAAGGCAAAACAGACGCCGGGAUCUACUCCUGAGGAGCAGCUCAACGUCAAUGAGAACAGGAACGCUCCUGUUGAUCAGGACAUGAUGGCCGAAGCGAAGCUGUUGCGGCAGCACAAGGGGCGGCUGGAGGCGCGCAUGCAGAUCCUGGAGGAGCACAACCGGCAGCUCGAGGCGCAGCUGCAGCGGCUGCGGCGCCUGCUCGACGAGCCGACGGCGGGCUCCCCGCCGCCGCGCUCGGGCACGCUGCAGACGCGCUCGGUGACGGCGUCGCAGCUCGCCACCGACUCUCCCGCCAAAAUGCACAACGGACUCUACCACGACUCGCAAACGAAUGGCGGCGGUCGCUGGGCGGCGGGCGAGCGCGAGCUGGAGCGGCCGCCGCCGCCGCCGCACUCCGUGCACUCGCUCAUGCACUGCGCAGACGACCUAGGCCGCGCCGUGGAGGAGCUAGUGUCGGUAAUGACGGAGGAGCAGCAGACGUCUCCCCCGCACUACACCAACGGGAAGACGGCCUCCACCGAGUGACGUCACACCCGACAACCCAAUGCAGCGCUCUAGCAACACUGUCGACACCAAAGAUUUCGAUUUAGCAUCACUCGCUUUCGUAUUGUCUCCGAUAUUAACGACUGCGUUAAAAGUGUUGCGUCAAUUGACAGUAUCACAGCGAUUGGUGUUUUUUUUACUAAUUUUCGACUCAUCACUAACAAUCCUGCACGCUGUAUUAUAAGUACCUUAUUAUACAAGGGCUCUUAAUCCAUUGUCAUUUCUAAUCACAGGCUUUCAGGUUAUGGGAACUUUUAUUGGAAGCCUGAUAUAGCUAUAGAAUUAGCCUGAUUUAGGUUAAGUUCUGGGUAGCUAUCGGUACAGACGAUUAUCGUAUGCAACGCUUAUUGUAUAAAUAAGGGAAUGCCAUGGUUGCAGUACGUAUCGUGAAUGAGUCAUUCUAUUUUCUACUAUUUCUCAUUUAUUUUUUCUUGCGGGCAACACUUUUCUUCCAAUGUCAAGAAAGCCCCGACAGUGUUGCCAGAACGAAUUAAUAAUCAACGAAAAAGACAACUAACGAGCAUUUAUAUUUAAAAAUUGUACCAAAAUUUUGUCGAUGAUAAAAACUUAUUAAUCGUUUAAGUACAUAUCUUAUUAGUACAAUCUCCAUUGCUCUAUCAUAUCACGUCUUGUAAAUUUCCCAUAUCAUUUUAUGCUGUGUAUAAUAUGAGCACGUGUAUAAAACUCACGAAAAAACGCGUCGACCAUUUUGUUUUAGUUAACCAAGAUAUGACACAUUCAUAGAUUCACAGGAAGUGUGCAAUUUUAAAGAAAUUCAGUAUAUUUUUAAUUGAAAAAAAAAAAAAAACGUUUACAACGUUGAAAUAUGAAACUGUGAAUGUGUUAGCAGCUUACGAACAAGGAGCAGAAAGCUUUAAUAGUAUCACAAUUAGCUUUAAAUCUGUUUUGAGACGUUUUUUAACUGGUGUAACCCGUGUUUGUAUCGCAUUAGCGGGCUCGUCUUAGUGGGAAAUGUACUGUUCUAGUUAUUCUACAAUGUAUGCCAGACGGCAGUAGUUAGAGUGGGUUCGUUACAGUUCGCAAGUAGAGUAGUGGUAGCCAAAUCAAUAUCAAGCAUGUUAUUGCAUAGAUUUUUCGAAAAUAUUGCCUUGUCAUUGCGGUAUCGAAUUGAAAGUUGAAAUACGCAUUCUUGUAUGGCCGCAUCGUUCAAAACGCUCUGAGAAACACCCAAUAGUGACUGAAUUGAAAGACAAUAGUUGUUUAGGGAACUCCUCUAUGGCCAACGUAAUACGGCAAAUUUUUUUGAAUGUUGUAAAGAAUAAAUAAACAAAUUCCCAUAUUAAUUAAAUGAUAAAUGAUUAUAGAAAACAACAUACUCAUGAUUGUGUAUACCAUUAUUAACGGAUAUACCUAAAAUUAAUAUGUAUCUAAUUGCGACGAAUUGAGAAUCUCCUUUUUUAAGGCGGUUAGAAAAUGAACGCAUUUAGGCUUGACUGUUCUUUCCAAUGUGACAAGGCUUCGUAUUUUUGAGGUCUAUGGUUAUCUGUGCAUGUUUGUGUAUGUUAUAAUUAUUAUCGAGUUAUCGAAAGUGUAUUGUUAGAGAAAUAUAACUAAUCAUGCUACUUCUACGCAACGUAGUGACGUUUCCUUUCCUUCUGUCUCCUGUUUCUGACUGUCAGGGUUGCCAGUAAUAAACAAUAGUAGAAAAUAUAGUAGUUUUUUUUGCCAAAACAUUAAAAAUAAUGGGAGCUGCAAUCGUUGUUAAUUUUAUAGCAAUUUUGUUAUUUUUAACGUAGUGUUGUAAUAUUAAAACUGCAUUUUUUUUUUCCGGCAACCCUGAAUGUAGUAGACAAUCUUCUUAGUGACUAUAAAGACAUGUAUCCAUAAACUUUUUCACUAUUAAAUCGGCAUGAAGACACGUGUAUACUUAGAAUGAUAUUGGACGGACGGUUUUUAUGUCCUAUUCUGAUAUUUCUAACAUUUAUAACGUGUGUCUACUAUAAGAUGCUGCCUACCUUUUUAGAUAAGAUAUAUUGGAGAGACUUUUAUACGAAUGUUAAGUAAUCUGUUGACGCUAACUUUACGAAUAAGGACUUCCGAUUUAACCAUAUCAUGGGUUUGCAGUUGCGACGCGCUCAGAAUGCGGUUUUGAUACAUGUCGGUUUAAAUCAAACAAAAUUAAUACAACAAUGCAUUUUUAAUACCAAUUCAAUAAUAGAAAGAAGUAAUAAACUACCAUAAAAUUAAGAUUGAUUAGAUUGAGGAUGUCAUUAACCGCAUUAUAAGCGCUUCGCGGCAGUAUAUAUAUAUAUAUAUAUAUAUAUAUAUAUAUAU